GUUACUGUCAGCUUUAUAAAUCUCAAACGUGUUUGCAGAUCUUUGUCAACAUGAGUGAAUUCAAAAGUUUAUGCAUCAAAUUGGGGAUUUUGAUUUUGUCGUGCGUUUUUCAAGCGUGUUAUAUAGAUGCACAAGGGUGCACUGGAAGGAGAGUUGAAGCCGUUUGCAACCUUCGGCCCGACCCGACUGGACCAAAUAGCCCGAUCACCGGCACAGUGAGAUUCACGCAAACAAUGACAUGCUACCAUGCACACAGAUUACAUCUUGUAAGGGUCCAAGGGGAGAUCACCGGUUUACCGCAAAGUGAAAGUAUCCAAAAGCACGGUUUUCACGUACACGCAAAUGGGGACCUACGCGAUGGGUGUCGGUCCAUGGGGUCGCACUAUAAUCCUUUGAACACAGUUCACGGCCGUCCUGCAGACGUACAAAGCCGCCGGCAUGUAGGAGACCUCGGCAAUGUCAUCGCAGACCGUUGGGGAAAUGUGACUAUUGAUUUCAUAGCCCCUUAUCCAGUAUCCUUAUAUGGCGAUAUGUCUAUAAUCGGCCGAGGAAUUGUGCUCCAUGAGGGCGAAGACGACCUUGGACGCGGAGGAAAUCCUGGCAGCAUUGCGUCUGGCAACGCUGGGGCCCGUAUAGCAUGCUGUAUUAUUGAAAGAGUUUGAACUGAAGCAAAUCUGCUGUCUAUUUGUUAAAGACAUUUGAUAUAUUUAUUCAGUUUGCACAACGCGCGCUUCUGUUGAGAAAAAAAGGCUAUGUGUAUGCUUCUUAUGUAUAUAUCAUAAAAAGUAUAGAAAUCUAUUUUUAAAUCCUACAAAAAUAUGAUUUUACAAAUCUGAAAUUUAAGAAAGUUAUGUUUCUGUCAAUAACUGAAGUUUCAGUAUAUUUAUUUCAAAGGCAUACAACUCUUCCCUUAGACAACUACAAAUGUACUUGUACUUACAAGCACAGAUAUCUAUAAUUUGACAACCCUUUGCAACUACACUUUAUUCUGUGGAAAAUAAAACAUAAUUUAGACACAGUAUGAUAUGUAUUGUGACAACAAAAACAAUUGAUAUGUAUUUGAUUUACCCUUGAAAAACUGCUUCAUAUGUUUUUGUCAGCUUAUUUUUAAGAAACUUCGUAUUUUAUGUUGAAUAUUAUACACUUUCGAUAGUAUCAAAAUGUCACAUUUAUCAACAGUUGUUGAGGUGUAAGUAAAGGUGCCAUUAUACUGAUCUUUAUUACUUAUGCGUGCAUGUAUAUAUAUAUAGUCACGAAAAAAACAACAAAUAAUUAAAACUUUUUAAAUCUU